CUAGUGCCUUUGCACUGUAGAGGAAGACAGUUCACGUCUGUCCACAUUCUGCAGCUUUUUCGGUUCGGUCUCUCGGUCGGUGGAAGAGCGAGACCUCUCACAGGAGGUGGAGUUCGCCGUGCUUAAGCUACGCGGGACCAGUCGUCUCUUGCGAUGUUAACAGAGAGCUGAAAAGACAGACCUGCUUGCUCCAAUACAUGACAGCGUACACAAGUCAUGGAGCUCCACAGAUCCUUGAGCUUGUGGAUAUUGUGUUUGUGUCUCGUUGGAGAAAGUUGGACUGAAAAGCCAAGUUCACCUACACCGGUGGACAGUCAGCUUGCUGAAAAUGGAAUGCGAGAUUUUUGUCGCAUUGAUGAGCCACUAUGCAAGGAUGAAAAUGCCUUUCUCACCUUUGAAGCUAUCCGUAAUAUCCAUAAGCAGAUGGAUGAUGAUGCAAACGGCAAUGUAGAUGUCGUAGAGACAGAUGGCUUCCUGAGAGAAGAUUUAAACUACCAUGACCCUAAGGCCAAACAUAACAGCUUCCAUGGGGAUGACCAGUUCAUCAGUGUGGAGGACUUGUGGAAUUCAUGGAAGGGCUCUGAAGUGUAUAAUUGGACAGUGGACAAGGUGGUGGAAUGGCUCAUCAGCUAUGUGGAGCUGCCACAGUAUGUGGAUGCAUUUCGCAAGAUGAAUUUCAAUGGAAGUGCCAUGCCAAGGCUUGCUGUAAAGAACACCACUCUGACACUCUCUAUUCUGAAGAUUUUGGAUCGAAGCCAUGUGCAAAAGUUGCAGCUCAAAUCGUUGGACACCGUACUCUUUGGAGCACCACUGAUGAAUAGACAUAACCACUUGAAGGACUUCAUGCUGGUCGUGUCAAUAGUCAUAGGCAUGGGUGGAUGCUGGUUUGCCUACAUCCAGAACCGCUACUCUAAGGACCAUAUGAAGAAGAUGAUGAAGGACCUAGAGGGCCUGCAGAGAGCUGAGCAGAGUCUGCAUGACCUACAAAAGAAGUUGCAGAUUGCCCAGGAGGAGCAUCGAACAGUUGAAGUAGAGAAGGUAAAUCUCGAGCAGAAGCUGAGGGAUGAGAUAAACGCUGCUAAGCAGGAGGCCCAACGAUUGAGAGAGCUGCGUGAAGGCACAGAGAAUGAGCUGAGUCGCCAAAAGUAUGCAGAAGAAGAGCUCGAACAGGUGCGCAUGGCAUUGAAGAAGGCAGAGAAGGAGUUGGAGUCACGGAGUAGCUGGUCGCCACCAGAGUCUCUACAGAAAUGGCUGCAGCUCACCCAUGAGGUGGAAGUGCAGUACUACAACAUCAAGAAGCAAAAUGCCGAACGGCAACUCCUGGUGGCCAAAGAAGGGGCAGAGAAGAUAAAGAAAAAGAGGAACACUCUCUUUGGGACUUUCCAUGUGGCUCACAGCUCCUCCCUGGAUGAUGUGGACCACAAAAUAUUAGCAGCCAAACAAGCCCUUGGCGAGGUGACCGCUGCUCUGCGAGAGAGGCUGCAUCGCUGGCAGCAGAUAGAGAUUCUAACGGGUUUUACCAUCGUCAACAAUCCAGGCCUCCCAUCACUGGCCUCGGCCCUCAACCUCGACCCCACUUUCAUGGGCGGCAGAGCUACACCUCAGCACUUCAUCAUGUCUGACGACAUGGACGACAUGGACGAGGAUAUCGUACCCGGAACUCUGCCAUAUGGCAAUCGACUGUUGGAACGGCGAGCUAGUGACCUGUGGUCCAUUGGUUCAGACUGUCAGCCCGUGUGGAAAUAUCCUGCUCCCAGUAUGAUGUCUCUGCGCCAACGCCACAUUGAUCCCCAGCUGGCCCUGGGCUCCCAGAGGGAUCUAAAUCGCUCCGACUCAGACUCCUCUUUGUCCCUUUCACAAGUUGGUGAUCGACUGUCUGCCUACAGCUCCAAAGGCCACCUAAUCAAGCCCACUUCUCUCAUGCACGGCCUGUCCAACCGAGCAGAUGAUGCCGUCUCACUGCAUGCUCACACCCCCAAUGGAGGGACCCGUGUUCAUGAGGGAGGUCCCGACAGCCCCAUACUCAUGAAGAAGGUGUACAGCCUGGGAGAGAUCAACAGUCUGUCUGAGUCAUCUCGCUCACUCAGCCCAAACUCCACUGAACCUGACACACCAUCACCAACAGGAGGGCAGGUAGGAGUGGUGGGAGCUAAAGCCAACAGCCGCAUCCCACAGCUGUCCUCCAAGAAGAGCCCUCUAGAGGAAGAUAGUGGUUCAACAGGAGAAGACACAGAUUCAGCUGCCAGCCGUAAGAAACAUACCUUCAAGAUCUUCAAAAAACAGAGGAAAUAAAAGCUAAAUGAACUAUGGGCUACCAAAGCUGUCUGACUGUAUUCCUCUGCCUAACCUGUUUUUGUUAUGUUUUUUUUAGUUUAUAGUUUUGGGGGUUCAUUAAUGGUCACAUGAUGGCAAGAUUUUUUGUCAUUGAAUCUUUUUGUAGGUUACAACACCUACUUUGAGAGACUGUGGACUGUUUUACCCAGCUUUAUCUGCUUACACUUGGUCAAUGUUGAGUAUGUGGGGAAUGGGCAGGUUUGUAUAUUGGAAUGUAAAGUAUUAUUUAUUCUGCAGGAACUUGUGCCAGUGUCAAAGGGAAAUAUGUCUCCCACUUGUUGUUUCCUUUUUUUCCUUCUUGUUCUACAAUCUAUAACAUUUUGCAUGUCUUCACUUUUGUUUGACAGAUACUCGAAUGCUCUAAGUGUUUGCUUGGUUCUUGUUGUUAACCUGCUUAGACAACACUUGUUUCUUUUAUUACUAUCAAAACACCUACAAGUCCAAAGUGAAUGCGCACUCCUGACUAUUUUCUUUUUAAUGAUGGGUACACUUUGUCUGUUUUCUUUUUGUUGAUGUCUUGUUUGCGGAGAAAAUGACACAUUCAGGGGAUCUUCAAAUACAAGAGGUGUAUUAGAAUGCUCCUGUAUAUUACCUUUGGCUGUAAAAACAAAUGUUGCGUGUUGCUAUUUGAACUCAGUAUAUUACGAUGCCUUCUUAGGGCCAUUCUAGGGAAUAAUAAUAAUAAAAAAAUAAUAAAAAAGGAUCAGGGAGGGGGUGAUACUCUGAAAAAGAAAAAAUCCUAACUUUUAUGAUGUCUUAGGUGGAAAAUUUCUUUUUAAAAUGAAUGCAAAAAACCCCAAAAACUAUAGUCUCACAUUGAAGUCACAAAUAUAGAAAAAUAAAAAUGUUCCUCUUUUUGUAAAGCAAUCUCAUCACACUAGAUGGUGCUUUGCCUCUAUUAUUCCUACUGACAUUAUUCAGAUGCAGUCAGCAACUAUCUGGGAGCCCAUAAUAUCACAUUAAGUAUAGCUGUUUAUUGGGUUAUUCAGAAGAAAUAUACUGAUUUGCAUGAGAUGCUUUUGUGUAACAGUUAUUCUUGCAUCACGCCUCAACUUGGCCAUUUUCUGUUUAGCAAUAGAAACCACAUUUUUAAAAAGAUAAAAUAAAAGAUAAUUAUUAAGGGUUUUAAUGUUUUUCUCAGAAUAUUAAUCAGUUAUCUUUUUUCCACAUAGAACAGCCCUAAUAAGCUGUCCUAGUGUAUCAGCAUUAACUGCUGGGUCUAAAUGUAUUUAUAUUGCACCCUAGAGGUAAAUUCUUGCAAAGUAUCUAAAGGACCAGCAUCAGACCUUUUGCGGUUUUGAGUUUUAGUGCGUUUGAAAAAUGGGAGAGUGAAGAAUGUCUCUUCUCUUUGCUGAAAUAUCCAGCUUAUCUUAAGGACUAUCACUGAUUAAACUGGGGGUUUACACACACCCUCACUGAACCAUACGGUUAUCAGGUGUUUGAAGACUAAAAAUAGGGUGUAUAUAGAAAAAAAAAAUUUAUUAGGCAAUAAAUUACCAAAAUGUUUGAAGUGGCAGCCAUGAAAUGCAAUGGUAUCUUUAGGUAUUUAAUUUUAAAGUUAGGAUACACAUUGUGAAAAGAAAAUGCUAGAGAUGCUUGCUUUCUACACCUGUAUAUCAUAAGAAAAUGUACACCUUUGGGUUUGUUUUGUAAGAAUAGCCCCUUGAAGGUUAACCAGGAUCCCACAAUUUUCACGUAAUGUGGAUUGGGCUAUGCUGUCCUGUCUUUUAGUUUUAUUAUUUUGUUUGUCUUUUUAGUGGACAUUAAAAGAUCCACAGCAGUUUCUCAGUGAGGAUUGGUUGUUGGUAAGGGCUAUAAUUAAGGAAAGUAUUUUGCUCUGUACAAGACUGAAAAUUUAAAGUUGUAACCACUUCUGGUUAACGUUUUAUGGAGGCAGGAAGUCAAUCAUGUAAAAGUGCCAAAUUGUGAUUUCUGUCAGAGGCCUUUGUAUUUGUAGUGUGUUCUAAACCUUGAGCCCCUUUUGCACAGAAGACAAAAGUGCAUGAUGUAUACAGUAAUGUAUAUUCAAAGAUGAAAUGCUGAAUGUCCGAGGGUAUAUCCUGUAUCAGUACCGUAUGUUUACAUUUGUAACAAAUAAUUAUUCUCAGAUAAGUACAACAAAAAAAAAAACCUUGUGGCAGUUUUAAUGUUGAUUGCUUCAUUUGAGCACAAAACUAUGCAUCUAGUUGUAGGUAAUUACUAAAGUAGUAGGGACGCCAGUACACUUAGGGUGCUCCUGACCAACGAACAACCAAAAAGUGCUGCAGAAGACACAAGAAGUCUCCCCCAGCCUCAUAAUGUAACAGGUGGUUUGGAUUUAUAAGACACGUUUAAAUAUUUUAUUUUAAAAAAUAAGACGAGCUUAAAAAAAAUAACAAUUUCCUACUGGUACUUUUUUUAAAGUGUCAUUUGUACCUUUUUUGCACGACAGAGCUGUAAAUUGAUUAUGCCAUCUGAAUGUGUGAGUGUGUCUGUCUGCUCCCGGUAUAAUGCACUGUAACGUUGAUGCAUGUCAACUGUCAUAACGAAACCUAUAUUGGGUUAAAAGAGUGGAUCAGCUUAAGCUCUUAAGUCCUUCACCCUACUUUUCUCGUUGUCUUUAUUUUGAGCUUCUAUUUAUGAAAACCUACAGUAUAUUUGUACAGGGAAAAAAAUCAUUUUGCAUCUAAUGUUGUGGUCUAAACUUUGAUGGCACUCCUGCAUGAAAGCAAUAAACUAUUUUGAAUGAAAGGUGAGCUUCUUCUCCUAA